AUGACCUGGGUGGCAUCCCUCCAGGGCCUCUGCAUCCGGGUAGCCAUCACGCUCCCCAACACGCUCCCCAUCACGCUCCCCAACACGCUCCCCAUCACGCUCCCCAACACGCUCCCCAUCACGCUCCCCAACACGCUCCCCAACACAUCACCAUCACUUCCCCAUCACGCUCCCCGUCACGCUCCCCAACAUGUCACCAUCACGCUCCCCAACACGCUCCCCAACACGGUCCAGGAUCCCUCUCGGCUACGGAUACGGUUGGCAUGCUGGAUGGUGAGGUUUUCGUCCCACAAGCACCCCUGGCCGAAGGUGGCCUGGGUCCUUCUGCUAACGCUCUUCUCUGAUUGGCUGAGGACGGCUCUGUCCCGUGACUUCACCAUCAAAGACAUCAUCUACCUCCAUCCAUCAACCACUCCUUAUCCUGGGGGCUUCAAGUGCUUCACCUGUGAGAGCGCUGUGGACAACUUCGACUGCAACCGCUGGGCGCCGGAUAUGUACUGUCCACGAGAGACCAGAUACUGCUACACACGUCACAAGAUGGCCGCCGCAGGGGCCAGCGUGUCGGUGACCAAGCGCUGUGUGGCUCUCGAUGACUGUCUCUACACGGGAUGCUCUGAUGUAUAUGACCAAGGCCACAGGGUCUGCACAGCCUGCUGUGAGGGUAACAUCUGCAACAUGGCGGUGCCGAGGAACGAGAGCUCGGCCGUGUUCACCACCACCUCCCCCCUCAACAGAACCGCGGCGCUGUCACGACACUGGACACUCUGGAUCGGCGUGGUUCUGCUACUCACACACACUCUCUCAUGA